AACAAUACCGUGUGUUUGUGUGUCUACAGUUGCAUUGCAUGGACACAAUAUCGGUUAUUUAACGUAUGCACCGGUGCUUGUUCCGGCGUCCUUGCGCAGAGGUUGUCUAAUUUUCCGAAGUGUUUGCAUCCGCGUCAACAAGUCGAACGCGCGCUUUGUGUCGCUUUUUUUAACCCAACAGUUUUGUGAUAGUGUUCGCUAGUGUUCCAAAGAAUAAAAAAACCAAAGUGAGAAAGAGCAAUAAAAAAAGAGUCAAAAACUUAAUUUUCAAAGUCUCGAAUAGUUGGUGCGUUUGGUGUGCAGAGUUGUGUUGUGUGUUCGGGUGCGUGAAAGAUAGCGCUGGUGAACAACCCCCCGGAUCGAACCGUGCAUAUUAGAUCGUUUUUGAUUUUUGGAGAAACAAAAAAAGUGAGGAAAACAUCAUCCACCGACAACAACGCUCUCUCUCUCUCUCUCUCGGGUGAGGGUCACCAAGAAGAAGGGAAAAGCGAAGGAAAUUUUUGGUGUUGCCUGCCCCGUGUGCCAGGGGUUGAAGCAAAACACAUCAUCCAGCCGCGGAUCCAUCCAGCGGCGUACAAAUUUCAGGGAGCCAAAUUCGAGAAGCACAGCAGAAGAAAUCAGAUAGUAUUUCCUUUUUCGCGGAACUCAACAACUUCAGUUCGCACGAGGUGAAACGGUGUGUGGAGGUGCAGAAGGUGAAGUAAAAAAAGAAAACGCCCACAGCGUUGAAGAAUAUUGCAAGUGCAACAGUGCAGCAGGUUUGCUGGAACGGGCAGAAAAGCUGGAUUACAAAAUGCUGAUGCAGGUGUCCCCGGAUGCGGCCGAUGCCGCACUGGCGUUGGUGCAAUCGGGCGGCACGGGUACGACGACAUCAUCACAGAGCGCACAGAAAGAUACGACCUGGACGAAGCUGUUCGUGGGUGGUUUACCGUACCAUACGACCGACAAGAGCCUGCGGGAGCACUUUAGCGUGUACGGCGAUAUUGAGGAGGCCGUUGUGAUAACCGACCGCACGACAAACAAAAGUCGUGGCUAUGGAUUCGUGAUUAUGGGCGAUAGACUGAGUGCCGAGCGUGCCUGCAAGGAACCGAACCCGAUCAUCGAUGGCAGGAAAGCGAACGUGAAUCUCGCGAUACUGGGCGCCAAACCACGGGGCAAUGCAUCACAAGGAUUUCCGUUCGCCACGACAGGACUGCGGACAGCUGGCUAUCCAGUGAUACCGGGACAGUUCGGGGUGCCACCGUCCUACAUUUAUGGAACACCGUAUCUAGGCACGGCAGGUGGAUCGACAGGAGCGGCCGCGACCGCAUCCGGACUGGUACCGAUCCCUGCCACACAGUUGUCGCACGCAGCAGCCAUUGCUGCCGCCACUAGUCAAUUCUAUGAAUAUCAGAAUGCGGUAGCAGCAGCCGCCGCCGCACCAUAUCCGGGACAGUACAGUACAGGAUUCGAUGCAUAUCCUUAUGCGUCCGGCGCUUCAGCUGCCGGAGCUGCGGCUGCCGCCGCUCAGUACAUGGCCGGCCCGUACACGUACGCCACGUUGCCGCAAGCGGGAGCUGCUGCCGCUGCAGCUGCCGCCGCGGCUGGUGCAUUUCCCGGCCUAUCGCCCUAUCAGAAUGCGACCAGUGCUUCGCUCCAGGAGGCUAGACUGCAAUAAUAUUUACUACCACAAGCGCUGAUGCUGUCACUGUUCGACGGUGUCUGUGGCGUCAACGAUAAGCGUUCUUAGGUGAGCCAAGAGCGGCAUCCAGAUGCCUUACCUUCAUCUCACCUACGGACGAAAAAUGGAAUUGCUGUGUUUUUUGGGGUUGGAAAAGCACGCGUAAGCGUAUGAUAUUAGACAGCCAAAAAAAAACAAAAAAACAAAAGUAACACAACCCCCACAACAUGGAGGAGAAAAAAAUGUUGGGAAAUAUUUUUAGUUAGCCGGGAUAGUUUUUAAAUCUACUAGCUAACAGCCCCCCCGUAGCAUAUAUGUACGACAUGCAAAUAGUAUGCGAUAAGUAAUGCAAGUGGAAGAAUCAGCCGGUCAAUCAAUCAAUAAUGAAUUGCUCUCAAUUAAUGCUCCCACCAUUCAUCCUUUCUCCAAAGCAGAACAAAAGCAACCGCCGCAUGUUAUCGCCAGUUUCGCACAUAUUCGAGCACAUCUGUUUGAGCUCACUGUUACCGGUGGGUUACGGAUGGCUCCAAAACAGCUAAAGAAGCAGUAAAGUUGUACGAGCAAUCGCACGAAACGAUAACGCAAGCAUACAAAGCAAGUAAUGAAAUUUACUCUAUUUAUUAUACACUAGUUUUAUCGGUACUGUAGAAAGCAAAGGGAACCUUCGAUAGAAAACCGCGGCGACGAUAGGAGAUAAUAACCAAUUAAAAAGAGAGAGAGAGAGAGAGAGAAAGAGGAUGAAAAAAUACAUUAUUUACUUACAUACUUAGGCGUUAAGCAAUAAAUAGCGUUUGAAAACGACACGAGAGAGAAAAUUAAUAACAAGAAAAGGCAGAAUAAAUAUGUAGUAUUCGAGAUAAAAGCUCAAUUUCUUGUUUUUUUCCACGCAGGGAAAAUCGAAUGCUAGAAGUCAGACAGGAACGGUGCAAAAUAGUGUAGCAAAAACCACACGUUGGGCAAUGUUUAAUAUCAGUGCGGAAAGACAAAACACGGAUCCUUUUUUGUGAUCGGUCCCCCUCUUUGCAAAUGGACUGAUUUACGCAAUACUUGUUGAUUGGAUAUAAUGAGAUGCGCCGAAGGGUAAAACAUUAUGUGUGUUUUUUUUUGGAGAAGAAAAUCAACCAUCCCUGAAGGAUGCCUAGGAUGGUAGGAACAAAACGUACCCAAGCAAUACCAAUACGUAGCUAACGUCUUAUCCCCACCGAAAAGCGAAACAACAGGAUCAAGCGAUUAGGAA